CGAUUCAUGGUAAUUCUACUAAUCCCGCGUAAAAGCAAAACAAAGUUUGACAGAAAACUGAGAUAUAAUUAUCGUCGUUCCUUCUUUGUUUCGCUCUAUCUUCUCUCACCCUGAUGGGAAAACAUGUUUAAAGCCAGACAGACGCCAUAGGGUGCUAGCCAUCGUGAUGUCCACGAGCAGGGUUCGAUAUAUGGUGGACGCUGACAAAUCCGUCCUGGUGAACAACUUUGAGAAGCGAGGAUGGAUCCAAUGUGCUGACGACGAAGACUGGAAUUUCUACUGGGCAAGCGUUCAGACGGUGCGAACAAUCUUUAAUGUGGAAACAGGGUAUCGCCUUGCAGAUGACCAAGUUAUCAAUCACUUCCCAAACCAUUAUGAGCUAACAAGAAAAGACUUAAUGCUGAAGAACAUCAAGAGGUAUCGCAAGGAGCUAGAAAAAGAAGGGAACCCAUUGGCUGAAAAAGAUGAGGCAGGGCGAUAUCUCUACUUAGAUUUCAUCCCUGUGACGUUCGUCCUACCUGCAGACUAUAACUUGUUUGUUGAGGAAUUUAGAAAGAAUCCAUCCAGCACUUGGAUUAUGAAGCCCACAAACCGAUCCCAAGGAAAAGGCAUAUUUAUCAUCAAUAAGCUGUCACAGCUCAAAAAGUGGUCUAAAGACAGUAAGGGAACAGCAAUGAUUCACACUGGCAAAGACUCAUACAUGAUCUCAAGAUAUAUUGACAACCCCUUGUUAAUUGGGGGCAAAAAGUUUGAUCUGCGAAUCUAUAUCCUCGUUACUUCGUACCGGCCCUUAAAAGCAUAUGUGUACCAGCAUGGUUUCUGCAGAUUCUGCACUGUACAGUACAAUGCAGAUCUUAGUGAGCUGGACAAUGUUUUUAUUCAUCUGACAAAUGUGGCAAUUCAGAAACAUGGGGAUGACUACAAUCCUAUUCAUGGAGGAAAAUGGACAGUUAAAAACCUUCGCCUAUUUCUAGAAGGUACAAGAGGAAAAGAAGUGACAGACAAGUUGUUUGAUGACAUUAACUGGCUGAUGGUCCACUCUCUAAAAGCUGUCCAGGGUGUCAUUGCCAAUGAUAGGCACUGCUUUGAAUGUUAUGGGUAUGACAUCAUUAUUGAUGACAACCUGAAGCCAUGGCUAAUAGAGGUUAAUGCUUCACCGUCGCUGACAUCCACAACAAGUGCAGACAGAAUCAUGAAGUACAAUUUAAUUCAUGACACCCUAAAUAUCGCAGUGCCAAACGGGGAGAUCCCAGAUGUCAGAUGGAGCAAGCUGCCUUCAAAAGAUGCACUGGGUAGCUAUGAUAUUCUAUAUGAUGAGGAAUUGGCUCAACAAGAUGCUGUUGACAGAGAUUUGAAAUCACGUACAGGACAGGGUUCUGGUAGAAAUACAAAGGACACUAAGACAAAACCUGCAACCUGGAAAUAGUCGGUUAGAACAAAUUAGCAUUCCUGCUUUACAUAUGUGGAAAGAGUACAUCUCAAUCAGUGAUUAAAACUGUACAAAACACAAA